ACGAAUAUUCAGACUCCUCAUUUCUCACAUUUCCUCUUUUUUAUUUUUUUUUCCCUUAUUUCAUUCAAUCUUUUACCUAAAACAAAACAAAACGUACUCCAAAUCCCACGAUCACAAACUUACUCAAGAUUUAACAGGUUUCGUUAUGGAGAUGUAUCUCAGUAGCAAUGAUUCCGACUUAGCAAUGUUGGACUCAAUUCGGCGACACUUACUCGGCGACCCAUCAGACUUCCGACUCGAUGCAUCCAUUGAUUGUACCACUACUACCACAACCACGGCUCCCCCCAUGGUUUGUAGGAGCUCAAGCUUCAACCGCUUGUACCCAUGUUUGACUGAAACCUGGGGUGACCUCCCUCUUAAAGAAAACGAUUCUGAAGACAUGCUUGUUUUCGGGUUCCUCCGAGAUGCUUUAACCGUGGGAUGGGCGCCCUCCGAUAACUCUUCCAUGAAUUUCCUGCCUAUAAAACCGGAGCCGCAAGAGAUCUCAUUUGAGGCACCGGUAAGGAAAGUAGAUAGGGCUGUGAACACGGUUGCUCCGGCGGCGGUUCCCGCCAAAGCGAGGCAUUACAGAGGAGUUAGGCAAAGGCCGUGGGGGAAGUUCGCAGCUGAGAUAAGGGACCCGGCUAAAAAUGGGGCUCGGGUUUGGUUAGGUACAUUUGAAACAGCUGAGGAUGCGGCUUUGGCUUAUGAUAAAGCAGCUUAUAGGAUGCGCGGGUCCAAGGCUUUGUUGAAUUUUCCAUUGAGGGUCAAUUCCGGAGAGCCUGAUCCAGUGAGGGUAACAUCAAAGAGGACAUCACCUGAGCCGUCUAAUUCUUCAUCCUCCGGCUCAGUGAACGGAUCGCCGAAAAGGAGGAGAAAGGUGACUCCCUCGGCUUCGGUUGUGGCCCAAGCCGGGUUAGAUAUGGGAUCAGGAGUAGAAAUUAAGUAUGAAAUUGGAUCGUGUACACAUGGCAAUCAGGUGUUACUCAGUUAAUGCUGACGUGGUGGUUGAUUAAUGUAAACACCUGUAAGUUACGUAGACUCCCCAAUUUAGGUUUCAAAUCAUGAUGAGCAUUACAAAGAAUUUGUCAUUAUUUCAUGGAAAUUUUUAUUUGUUUUUGGUUGGAGUAAGCACAUUUUAAUGGAAAAUGUGACUUUUUUUUUUAUUUUAA